AUGCCGCCCAUCCCAGCAGCUGGGCCCCUUCAACUCACUCUAGGGAUCAUCAAGCCUUCCGUAUGUAGCUCACAGGCCCAAGUGAAAGGUACGUGCUUCCGUCGAGUUGGCGAGGGUUCGUUCCCCCACUUGGGGAAGAACGACGAACCUCCUCAACGUGGGGUCGAUGCUCGCCUUGGGACAUUAGCUGAUCCAAUCUAUGAUGCUCACUACAGAGGUCCUGCAGACGAUCAAACAAAGUGGACUCGAAGUGCGUGCAAGCGAGCCCGCUCCCUCUCGUGCUCCCGCGGAAGCGUCAACGAAUCGAGUUGUGUUGUUCGCAACUCGUCUCUCGGAUCGGAACAGACGGAUCGAACUAUCAUCCUCAACCACAAAGCUGAAAGAUCACCCCCAUCUGACCUCUUCCUUCUCUCUCCUUCAGAUCGUCCGACAAAAACGCAUGUUCUGGAAAACCCAAGAUGCCGAAAAGGUAAUGCAUUAUCCUUCUCAGGUCUAACGGUCUUAGGAUCCCGACUGAUGGUUGCCCUCGCAACCCUUCCUCGUGUUCACUCGCACUUUCCCCCGAAAUUAGUUCUACAGCGAACACGCAGGUACGUCUUCCCCUCCCCGAACCCGCGUCCGCCUGCCGAGCCCAACGGGGGGAAAAAAACCUGACUUAUCGCCUGCUUCCCACCCCACUCCCAUUAGGCCGUUUCUACUUCCCCCGCCUAGUGCGCACCUUUUCCCCCUCUCCCCAUCACUUACCACCCCCGAACCUAACCUCCCCUCCACUUCCCUCCCUUCCCGAUCCCACUCCCCUCUUCCAAAAGGUCCAACACGCCACUUCCUCCCCUCUCCUCACCCUAGCCCUCUACGGACCGUCCUCGAUCCAAACUUGGCGUCAAUUGAUCGGUCCUACGCACGUAUAUAAAGGUCAAUGGACGUCAGUACAGGACGGUCAGAGUGAGGGUGAGAGUGGGUUGGGUUUGAGGGCCAAGUACGGGAUCAGUGAUACGAGGAAUGGGUUCCAUGGUAUGUCUUGAAGAGACGGAUCGCGGUUUUUUAGGGUGAGUUUGCUUGCUCGGUCCGAACGUGUUUACUGAACCUUGGGUGUUUUCUGCCGUGCCGUCUUAGGUUCGGAUAGUGAGGCAAGCGCGAGGAAAGAAUUGGAGCAGGUUUUCGAAGGGUGGGAUAUCGGGUGGUGGUUGAGGCAUAAGGAGGAGGAGAUGAGGAAGGCCAAGUCGAGCUGA